CGACACACCGAACAUUUUUUACCACGUUUAACGCGCGAACCAGGUGAACCUGUUCGAUCAUUCGGUUAAGUUUAAGUCACACACGAACAGAUUCUACUUUCCUCAGGAGCUAAUCACGCACAACGAGACCAUUUUUGAAAGUGUUUUUUACUUGUGCUUUUUAAUCUUCGAUCUUUGAUCAUCAACUGGCAAUCAAAGGGAACAAGGAAGAAGUAUUUUACUAUAGACGACCUUUGACACGCUGCCAACGCAUGAAUAUAUAGAGGCCAUAGGCACCCAAGGGCGACCGGAAGUGCUUCGAAAUACUCGAAUCUGUGUUCCGUGUGAGUUAAAGCACGAGAUACGUAUACACGCUUUCGUUUUCCGUCCAUCUUGAUUCGCGAGUUCUCCUGGACCGAUUACCCUCGCGAAACUUCCGGUUACGGAGAUUCUCCGGGGUUGUGCACAGACGGGAGGAAGUGAAGAGGUGAAGUUCGAUUAUCGGAGGUGAAUACACGCACGGUUCGAGCUCUCUCCCCUCUCUCCCUGUUCGUCUCUGUCUCUCUCGCUGGGGCGUCGUCAUCGCCGCCGUCGUCGCCGUCGUCGUCAUGGGCGGAUGUACUUCGAAGGAUACCACGUCGAGCGACGAUAAAAAGAACAGCAACAUGGUGGACCAGGCAGUUUUGGAUAAACUUGAGGCUGGCUUCACCAAAGUGUCUACCUCUGACAGCAAGUCUCUGCUGAAGAAAUAUCUGACCAAGGAAGUGUUUGAUCAGCUGAAAACAAAGAAAACCUCUUUUGGUUCCACUCUUCUGGAUGUGAUCCAGUCUGGUGUUGAGAAUCUGGACUCUGGUGUUGGUAUAUAUGCACCUGACGCUGAGUCCUACUCAGUCUUUGCUGACCUCUUUGACCCCAUCAUCGAAGACUACCAUGGUGGUUUCAAGAAGACUGACAAGCAUCCACCAAAGGACUUUGGUGAUGUUGACUCUCUUGGCAACCUUGACCCGGCUGGUGAAUUCAUUGUUUCUACCCGUGUAAGAUGUGGUCGUUCCUUGGAAGGUUACCCAUUCAACCCAUGCUUGACCGAAGCUCAAUACAAGGAGAUGGAAGAGAAGGUUUCCAGCACCUUGUCUGGUUUGGAGGGUGAACUGAAGGGAACCUUCUAUCCUUUGACCGGCAUGAGCAAAGAGGUGCAGCAAAAAUUGAUCGACGAUCACUUCCUCUUCAAGGAGGGUGACCGCUUCUUGCAAGCUGCCAACGCUUGCCGUUUCUGGCCCACUGGACGUGGUAUUUACCACAACGACGCUAAAACAUUCUUGGUCUGGGUUAACGAAGAAGAUCACCUUCGUAUUAUUUCUAUGCAAAUGGGUGGUGAUCUUGGACAGGUCUACCGCCGUCUGGUGACUGCUGUCAACGAAAUCGAGAAGCGACUUCCCUUCUCUCACCACGAUCGUCUUGGUUUCCUGACUUUCUGCCCAACGAACUUGGGUACUACAGUACGUGCCUCUGUGCACAUCAAGGUGCCCAAGCUCGCCGCCAAUAGGGCGAAGCUUGAGGAAAUCGCCGGCAAAUUCAACCUCCAGGUCCGCGGUACCCGUGGUGAGCACACCGAGGCCGAAGGUGGCAUCUACGACAUUUCCAACAAACGACGUCUCGGCCUUACCGAGUAUCAGGCUGUGAAGGAGAUGCACGAUGGAAUCGCCGAGCUGAUCAAGCUCGAGAAGGAACUUUAAAGCGCGCCAGGAGACAACCGACAUGCGACCAUCUCCCUCUUUUAUUCACCCUUUAGACGUUCUUGACGCAUCGAGGACCUUCCUCCUUGAAGAAACGAAUAUAAAGAUUCUCUUUCAACGUUCGUACUGAUUUCUGCUAGCGGAAUGAGCGUACUUCGUGGCGGGGUUUCGAGAAAUCCCUGAAAAGAGAGUCGUGAACUCGUUAAAGAUCAAAAAGAAACGUUGUGAACGUUUGAUUCUGCAUAAAUAUGAAUCUAUCAGAGAAAAGAGGAAAAUCGUAGUUUGGAAAGAAAGAAACAAAAUGGGGCAUUUUUCAAUUCACGCGUUGUUAUGAAAUGAAAACACAUAGGGACAGAUUUGGUCCCCCAUAAUUUUAGAUAAAUAUUUUGGUCCUUGAUGUGCUGAGACCCUCUACACGCGCGUCCUUAGAGUUCUAAAACAGUGACGACGAAAAGCUUUGUUCGUUCAAGGGAAUAUCAGAGAUUUAGCUCGUGUAGUCGAGUCUGAUCGUAAAUUAGAUGUCUUGAGUUUCCAGAAAUUUGAGAUUUUUGUCGUAAACGUAUGGGCAGCUUUCGUUUCCACCGUCUCCUAUUUACACGCGUUGCAAUUACUAUUAUUAUUAAUAUUAUUAUCGUUAUUUUAAUUAUUAUUAUUACUGUCUCUUAUGUUGACUCAAGUUCCUUCCCAUCAAUCAAGAAAAAAGCAAAAGUGAAGAAAAGCUUGUAUUAUACAUUAUAAUAUGCAAUUAUUAUUUUAAACAGUAUUUUGAUUUUGUUUCACCCCCGUUUUCUUUUUCUAAGGACAUGUAAUCCAGCAUACUAAAGAAAUACACGCAGUAUUCUUUCAUUUCUUUAUUCUUAUUGUUUCUUUUUUAACCCUGUUGCUUUUGUAUCGUGUCACUGUCAUUCGUAUCGUCAAGAACAUCUUAUUGUAACUGUAUCGAGGACGUCUGUAAUCGUUGGGGAUGUGCAAGUGCCCAAUAUUUCGGGCUCGGGUGAAUCAAGUUUAAUCAGGUACUCGAAACAUGCGAGACCUCGGAUAUUUCGGGUUAAGUUGGAGAAAAUAGGGCGGGCUCAAAUGGAUUCUCGUGAUUCAAAUUUGAAACUUAUAAAUUUCUAAAUACCUGAAUUUCCAAAUUGGAAAUUUACGCCCGAUACUUUCUCCGACCUGACGAGUUUGAUUACCCGCACGAUCCUAGUAAUUGUCCCACGAAGAAAAUGAGAAGCUAUCCGGUUGUGCGGUAAGGUUUGAAUUGAUCGAUGUCGCUACACUGAUAACGUAUCGAGGACUUUUUGGAUUUUUGUACCAAAUCCUUUUAUACUGAUUUUAUUUACGAAACGUUUUUGCUCUCGAAAUACCACGUAAUUGAUAUUCGUGUAAAAAGGCGCAUCUAUACCGACAAUGAAACGAGAACAAGUUUUUAAGAUUAUGUUGUGCAACGAACUUUAUACGCACUUCACCUUGAAUAUCGAAUUCGGUUAAAUGUUGAAUAAUCGAGAAAUACUUGUCCUUGAUGUGUUGAAGAAAACGCGACAAAUACGGUAUCUUACAGCAUCCUGUUUUGUAAUCCGUGCGAAAGGAUGCAAGUUGUUUCUCCAUUCUCAUUUUUUAUCAAAAAAACAUCUGCGACGAGUAUAGCAUGCCGAGUGAUGCAGCUGAGGCAGUAACGAUUUCACUAUCAAAUGUAUGAAGAUGUGAGUUAAAGACGAAUAAAAAGACAUACACAUUA